AUGGCGGGAAGAGGAAAGCCGGAAAAGUUUGCGACCAUAAUAGUUCGAGUUUUCAACAGCGACAACCCGGGAGGAAUGGAUGCAGACCAACAGGCACCGUCGUCGCUAUCAUCGACGGCGACGCGGUUAGGCAGAGCCCUCGGCGGUAUAUUCAAAUCAGCGUCGAAACGGGUAAAGCGAAACUUCAACAGAAUACCAAUAGCACUCAUCGCACUUUUAGUUGGCGUCGCCUUGACGGCGUUCUUUCCGCAUCCGGAAUCGCCUGGAGACGCUUUCAUCACGUUUACGAUUGUAACGUUGGGUGAGUUUUUGAGUUCUAUUUUAUACAGCGAAAAGAAUCAAGGAGGCUUUUUACGUUGGGCAAAGUACGGAGAAUCCGUUCCGAUACUCCUCAACGCGUUCAAAAUUGGCGUUUUCUACGGGUUGUUUAUCGACGCGUUUAAAGUUGGAAGUUAG